AUCGGCUAAGAAGCUAGAGCCUUGAAUUUCUCUCUCUAACUGAUAAGAAGCGCAGAUCAUCCUUGUCUAUGUGGGUUAUCUGGAUCCACUCAAUUUCGCUCGGACUUUAGAUUCUGACACACGUGUGAUUUCUCUAUACAGGAACUACCUUCAAAACGAACUAGCCUUUCGGCCUCCGUCGUUUUUUUGUUUUCCUUCACAAACUCUGAAGUCUGAAGACACUGCUCUUCUUCUUCCUCCUCCUUUUAGUGGCCGCUUUCUGCUGGUCAGUUUAACGGUAAAUUUUGCCUUUUUCCAUCUGGGUUCUUGAUUUGAAAGUGAAACUCGCUCGUUUUGGUUUCUGGGUCCGACUUCCGAAUGAUGUCAGUAACGAUCCAAAGCUUGGAUUUUACUGCCAAAAUCUGGCUUGCUUGUGGCUGCUCUUCCAAUGCUUCAUUCGAGCGGUGUUCUGUGAGAAAUUACGCGAAGGUGAAAUCUAGAGUAUGGACUGGAGGCUGCGGAGCUCGUAAAUCGGCCUGCUGGCGGCGGGUAACCACUCAAUGUCGUGUUUCUUCGAUGAAGACUGUGGAGCCUGAGCCCGCAGUAAAUGGGAGAACUAAAUAUAGUCAAGGCCUUUCAACAGGACUGGACUUGAAGAAUGACCCAGAAAGCCCCAUUUCUCCUGCCAAAUUGUUUGAAGUGGUCGGUGAUGACCUACUAACUCUCAACAAAAACCUUAAGUCGAUUGUGGGUGCAGAAAAUCCUGUUUUAAUGUCUGCGGCUGAACAAAUCUUUAGUGCCGGUGGGAAGAGGAUGAGACCAGCUUUGGUUUUCUUAGUUUCAAGAGCCACAGCAGAACUAGUUGGAAUGAAGGAACUUACCACGAAGCAUCGGCGUUUAGCAGAAAUAAUUGAAAUGAUUCAUACUGCUAGUUUGAUACAUGAUGAUGUAUUAGAUGAGAGCAGCCUGCGAAGAGGAAAGGAAACUGUUCAUCAACUGUAUGGAACAAGAGUAGCAGUGCUAGCUGGAGACUUCAUGUUUGCUCAAUCCUCCUGGUAUCUCGCUAAUCUUGAAAACCUUGAAGUUAUUAAACUUAUCAGCCAAGUGAUCAAAGAUUUUGCCAGUGGUGAAAUAAAGCAAGCAUCUAGCUUGUUUGAUUGUGAUCUACAACUAGAUGAGUAUCUUAUCAAGAGCUACUACAAAACAGCAUCCUUGAUUGCCGCAAGCACGAAAGGCGCUGCAAUUUUUAGUGGUGCUGAUAGCAGCAUCACUGAGAAAAUGUAUGAAUAUGGUAGAAAUCUUGGCCUUUCCUUCCAAAUUGUGGAUGAUAUAUUGGAUUUCACGCAAACUGCAGAGCAACUGGGAAAGCCUGCAGCCAGUGACCUAGCCAAAGGCAUCCUCACCGCACCAGUAAUCUUCGCUUUAGAGAAAGAACAGAAACUGAGGGAUAUCAUUGAGUCUGAAUUCAGCGAGACCGGUUCCUUCGAGGAGGCCAUCGCCUUGGUCAAGAGCUCUGGCGGCAUCGAAAGAGCUCAAGAGCUGGCAAAAGAAAAGGCUGAUAUUGCAAUUCAAAGCAUCCAGUGCCUUCCUCAGAGCGCCUAUCGUUUAGCUCUGGAGAGUAUGGUGGCUUAUAAUCUUCAAAGAAUUGUUUGAGCUUCUGGUAUGGCCAAAACACAGAUUGUUGAGAAGCAUUCUUUUGUGAUAGUACAAGGAGAAAACACAAAAUUUGAACCUCUCUGCAAUUUCAAGAACUCUCCAGCAAAUCUGUCAGGUGGUUCCUGAUACAUAGGUAGUAAUAUAGACAUAGUUGAAGAUAGUAAGCAACCACACCUCCUCAUCACAUUGUAUAUUUUCUGCUUCCUGCAAUUUAUGUUGCCAGGAAAAUAAGAUAUCCCAUUGUUGUAUCAUAACAAUGCUGCAUUAUAUUCUUUUCCCAAAUUUUUCUUUAUUUUGAUCUUGAAAGAGAAUAACCUGUGAAA